GUCCGGGUGGAAAGGGAGUGACGCCGAAAAGCGGUUCAUGUCGUUGUCGUUGAAUAAUUCGGUUUUGUGUGUCUUUUCAAAACGUACAUGUAACAGUAAUAGUCUUUAAUUCUCGCGGACUAUUGAUAUUAAACCAACACACACAACUGCAGCCAGUUGUCUUCAUACUGGAUGUCUUAUCGAGGGACGCCCAGCUGUUGUCAGCAAUACAUAUCAUGUUUCGACUGUACCUUCGUCUGCAUGGACACUAAAAUGCACAAUAUGAGUGUGAAGACAUCCGAUAAAGGAUUGCAAAUGUACAUCUCGCAGUGUUAAAUGGUUAAUGAAGCGUGCGCUGCUCUCCUAGUGGCUGAAGGACUGGUUUGUCGUCAUGGACAGGGAUUCAUAUCAUAACUGCUGCAGUCUGGUCAAAAUACCCAGACAAUCCUAUGACCAGUUUUGGUCGUCACAUUUCGUGGAAUAUAUUGACAAGGAAAUAAGCUAUUCAACAUUUUUCAAAAAGUACCUUCUUCCCAACCACCCAUGUGUGUUUUCACGAAGAUUUACUGAGGACUGGAGGUGUAGGAAACAGUGGGUGACUGAAGAAGGAAAACCUAAUUUCCAGACACUGCUACAAGAGUUUGAUGAGACUCCGGUCCCAGUUGCCAAUUGUAAUGCAAAGGAAUACAAUGCAAACCCUAAACUCACUAUGCCUUUUAAAGAAUUCAUACACUACUGGAAAGAAUAUAUUCAGAAUGGCAACUCGUCACCGAAAGGAUGUCUCUAUCUGAAAGACUGGCACAUGGCAAGGGACUUCCCGGAGCACAAUGUCUACACAACUCCAGUGUUCUUUUCCUCUGACUGGUUGAAUGAAUAUUGGAAUACCAUCGAAGUUGAUGACUAUCGUUUUGUCUACAUGGGACCCAAAGGCUCAUGGACCCCUUUCCAUGCUGAUGUCUUCCGCUCAUACAGUUGGUCUGCAAAUAUCUGUGGCAGAAAAAAAUGGCUGCUUUACCCGCCGGGUCAGGAGGAGUUUUUAAAAGACACCCAUGGCAACCUGGCCUACGAUGUCACAGCAGCAGAGCUCCGAGACAACGGCCUCUUCCCACAGUCUGACAAAGCCUGCCAACCUCUUGAAAUUAUUCAAGAGGCAGGUGAAAUAAUAUUUGUUCCAAGUGGCUGGCACCACCAGGUUUAUAAUCUGGAAGACACCAUCUCUAUCAAUCAUAAUUGGCUGAAUGGCUGCAACAUUGACAUAAUGUGGCAAUUCCUUCAAAACGAGCUUUCUGCUGUCCAACGAGAAAUCGAGGAAUGGAGAGCUACCAUGGACUCAUGGCAUCAGCACUGCCAGACCAUCAUGAAAUCAUGCUCUGGUAUCGAUUACGGAGAGUUCGCAUCCUUCCUGAAAAUCAUCGCUGAAAAUCGCAUCUCUUUCCUUAGCGCCUGCUCCUCGGCUAACAGUGAUUGUCCAAGGCAUCUCUCAGAGACCCUAACUGCCCUAGGCUCUCAUCACGCAGCGUUUGACCUGCAGCGUGUUGUUCAUAUCUUAGAGUGCCUCAUCUGCAGUGAGGACUUUAAGAGACUGGAUCACUCGACCCUGAAUUUACAACCUGAAGUUCUUGUGCAGAAAAUCCGAGAGACAAUACACUCCACAAGAGGGCAGCAUCUCCCUUAAUAAGAUGAGUGUUCCCCCUUUGGAUUUUUGAAUGUCAAGCCCAGAAUGUGUGUGUAAGUGUUGAUACUACGCGGUACAUUAGACAAUAUUCAAGGUAUUAUCACACAUUUGGUGUGGCAUAUUAGAUAUAUUUAAUCACAAAUGUCAAUUAAUGUCUUGCACCUAAUUAUGUACAAAAUAAAAUCCAAAAGUGAUUUUC